CGUCAGAACCAGUCCGUCAGGAGAUAAACCAGCGCACCUUGUGCGCACCCACUGAAUGACUGUGGGUGAAUAAAAGAAACAAAGAGACAGAGACUUUUCGGGAACACAGACAACGUUCCUCGACAUUUUUAAACCAUGGAGAACGGUCUGAGUACGGAGAAGGUAGCCACCUUCCUCAAGCGGCUGCGGGCUGAGCCACGCUACCUGUUGGCCCAGAAUGUAUCGACCUGCAUCGACCCGUUGGAGGUCUGUCUGCACCGGCAGACUGUCCAGGAUACAGUGCAUAUUUUUCAGCACUCCAUUCCCACUGAGGGCAAGCCCAUUACCAACCAGAAAAACUCAGGGAGAUGUUGGAUCUUCUCAUGCCUCAACGUCAUGCGACUUCCCUUCAUGAAAAGGUUUAACAUAGAGGAGUUUGAGUUUAGUCAGUCGUAUCUGUUUUUCUGGGACAAGAUCGAGCGGUGCUACUACUACCUCCAUGCCUGUGUGGAGACGGCACAAAGGAAGGAGCCAGUAGAUGGACGCCUGGUCCAGUUCCUACUCUCGAAUCCAACCAAUGACGGAGGACAGUGGGACAUGCUGGCCAACCUCAUCGAAAAGUAUGGAGUCAUUCCAAAGAAGUGCUUUCCAGAGUCACACAGUUCGGAGGCCUCUCGAAGAAUGAAUGACAUUCUUAACCAUAAGCUGAGGGAAUACUGCCUAAGACUGAGGAACAUGGUGGCCAGUGAUGCAACUAAAGCCGAGCUGUUUGAUGCCAUAGACACCAUGAUAGAGGAGGUGUUCCGGGUAGCCAGCGUGUGUCUUGGCAGCCCUCCUGAAACUAUCUGUUGGGAGUACAGAGACAAGGACAAGAACUUCCAUCGCAUGGGACCCCUCACCCCUCAGGAGUUUUACAGAGAGCACGUCAAGCCCUUAUACAACAUUCAGGACAAAAUCUGCCUUGUGAACGACCCUAGACCCCAAAACCCCUACGGGAAGCUGUACAGUGUUGAGUUUCUAGGUAACAUGGUUGGUGGCCGCAGCACUCUGUAUAACAAUCAGCCCAUCCAGCUGCUUAAAAAGGCCGCGGCUGAUUCCAUCAAGGAGGGGGAGGCAGUGUGGUUUGGUUGUGAUGUCGGAAAACAUUUCCAUGGCAAGCUGGGCAUUAAUGACUUGAAUGUGUUCAACCAUGAGCUUGUGUUUGGAAUCUCUGUGAAGAACCUCUCCAAGGCAGAGCGACUGAUCUAUGGAGACUCCCUCAUGACCCACGCCAUGAUUCUCACUGCUGUCACAGACAAGGACGGGAAAGACGGCUACGAGAAGUGGAGGGUGGAAAACUCCUGGGGAGAUGAUCGUGGGAACAAAGGUUACCUGAUUAUGACGGACGACUGGUUCUCCGAGUACGUGUAUGAGGUGGUCGUAGACAAAAAGUACCUAACCCCCGAUGUCCUUGAAGUGAUGCAACAGGAGCCAGUUGUACUUCCUGCUUGGGAUCCAAUGGGAGCCCUUGCAUAACUACAGAAAUGAAGAUUUAAGCCCCAACCCCGGGUCUAUUCAACUCCGCCCUGUUCCUUGGCUGCUUUUACUUCUCUAAUUAUUACUCCCCACAUCCUUCCAAACAAGCCUGUUCUUCUAGAUAAAAUAAUAAAGAUUUUGUUUUCUUUUUUACUGGA